CGCUCCCACCCCAAAAUGGCGGAGCAGGUAUUUCCGGUUCCGGGUAGUCCAGGAAGGCCGGGAUCGGGGAAGAUGGCGGUGGCAACAAGAGCGUCCGGGUGGGGCUGGCGUUGGCCGGUAUGGGGCCGAGUGCUGGGUCUGACCUUGCUGUUGGGUUUAGGGGCACGGCCCGGCUCUGCCACCACCCACUGGGUGGUCACCGAGGAUGGCAAGAUACAGCAGCAGGUAGAUUCGCCAAUGAACUUAAAACAUCCUCAUGAUUUGGUGAUACUAAUGAGACAAGAAACAACGGUAAACUACCUCAGAGAGCUGGAGAAACAGUUAGUUGCUCAAAAGAUUCAUAUAGAGGAGAAUGAAGACAGAGACACAGGGCUGGAACAAAGGCAUAAUAAAGAGGAUCCAGACUGCAUUAAAGCAAAGGUGCCCUUGGGGGACUUGGAUCUGUAUGAUGGCACAUACAUCACCUUAGAGAGCAAAGAUAUCAGCCCCGAAGACUAUAUAGACACACAGUCUCCUGUACCUCCUGACCUAGAACAACCAGACUGUACAAAAAUUCUAGAUCUUCCAUACAGCAUUCAUGCUUUUCAGCACUUAAGGGGUGUUCAAGAAAGAGUUAAUCUUUCCGCACCUUUGUUACCUAAAGAAGAUCCUAUCUCCAUUUACUUAUCCAGACGUUUAGGAAGAAGUAUAGAGGACAUAGGCCAUCGCAUUUAUGAAGGUCUAAUGAAGAAUUCUUCUUCCUGGGUGCUGUAUAAUAUGGCCUCAUUUUAUUGGCGAAUAAAGAAUGAGCCAUAUCAGGUAGUGGAGUGUGCCAUGCGGGCUCUCCACUUCUCCUCAAGGCACAGUAAAGAUAUUGCCCUGGUAAACUUGGCAAAUGUUCUACACAGGGCUCAUUUCUCAGCAGAUGCAGCCAUCGUGGUCCAUGCAGCUCUGGAUUACAGUGACUUCUUUACCAGCUAUUACACUUUGGGAAAUAUAUACGCAAUGCUUGGGGAGUACAACCACUCAGUCCUGUGUUAUGAUCAUGCUUUACAGGCCAAACCAGGGUUUGAGCAAGCUGUAAAAAGGAAGCACGCUGUCCUUUGUCAGCAAAAACUUGAGCAGAAACUGGAAGCUCAGCAUAGAUCACUUCAGCGAACACUAAAUGAGUUGAAGGAAUAUCAAAAACAGCAUGACCAUUACCUGAGACAACAGGAGAUCUUAGAGAAGCACAAGCUGAUCCAAGAAGAGCAAAUCCUGAGGAACAUCAUCCAUGAGACGCAGAUGGCAAAAGAGGCACAACUAGGGAACCAUCAGAUAUGUCGGCUUGGCAACCAACAGCACAGCUUGCACUGCCAGUGGGACCAGCCUGUUCGCUAUCACCGUGGGGACAUUUUUGAAAAUGUGGAAUAUGUUCAGUUUGGAGAAGACUCAUCGAGAUCCAGUAUGACAUCCGUGAAUUUGGAUCUCCACGCAAACCACAGCGAUCUCAGCCACGCUUUGCAGUCUUCUCCUGUUGCCCAUUCUAUUGUUUCACUAUGGGGCCUAGAAUCGGAUGCCUACAGGGAUAAACAGCAUAUUCUUUGGCCUAAAAGAUCAGACUGUGUAAAAUCCUUUCCAACAAUCCCGAACCCAGAGGAACUGCCAACCUAUUUCCUGCCUCCAGAAAACAGAGGAUUCGGAGUCCAAUCGAUCCUGAGUAGCCCAGGAGAGGCCCAUGUGCAUGGAGAGGCCCAGCUGCCAGAUUGUUCGUCUAUUAUUGAUGUCCGUAACAAUGAAACUCUGUACAUGUUGGUCAAAGAACUAGAUGGUCAUCUGGAGCUGAAAUUUAAAAUUCCGGAUGAUCAUGCGAGACAAAUCUUGCAUUCGCGUAUCAACAAUCAAACUAUUACAGAGGAGCAAAUAGGAGCAUUCAUCUAUCAUGCUAUAAAGAAGCCAAGGGAUCCUUUAUGGCUUAUGCUUAAUGAGGCUGGACUCUACUGGCGUGCUGUUGGAAAUAGCACCUUUGCUAUCUCAUGCUUGCGAAAAGCAUUGAACUUAGCCCCACAUGAGUAUCAGGAUAUCCCUUUAGUCAAUCUAGCUAACCUUUUGCUUCAUUAUGGUCUUCAUCUGGAUGCCAGCAGGCUCCUGGUAAAAGCUGUGGCCAUCAAUAAUUCUGAGCCCCUGACUUUCUUGAGUUUAGGAAAUGCCUAUCUGGCUCUGAAGAAUAUCAGCAAAGCCUUGCAAGCCUUCAGGCAUGCGCUGGAUUUAACUACAAAGUGUCAGGAGUGUGAGAGCAGCCUGAAGUUGAUCCGCUGUCUGCAGUUUUGUCCUUUUGUGUACAACAUCACCUCUUCUGUAUGCAGUGGCCCCUGUCAUGAGAGAAACCAUGAUGGCAGCCAUGACAAGCAGAAGUACUUCGGUGACCCCCAAGAGUCUGUAAUAACAGCUGAGGAAGAAAACUCUGAGGGAGAUAUAGAAGAAGAUCCAGAAGCCUUUGUUCAGAGUUCAACAGGAGACCCUUCCUCCCUGAGACUGGAAAACACAGUUGUUGCAGAAAGCAAUGACUCAGAAGGGAUGGAGAGUUUGGGAGAUGCUCAGAUGUCUGAAGAGAUGUUGGCCUUGGUAGACGAGUUUGAAAAUUCCUGGUCUCUUGAAGCCUUUGAGGGGGCACUGGAGGUGAAAGGUCGUCGGAUGGACUUGCAGGGAAUUCGGGUUCUAAAGACGGGUUCUCAGGAUGGACUGGCUAGCUCCUGUUUUGGAGAUUGUGGAGAUGAUGAUGAAGCUGAAUGGAUCACAUUCCAGGUCAAACGUUUAAAGAAACCAAAAGCAGAAAGCUUGGAUCUUCAGGAGCCCCCUGGGAGAAAUGGAGAGGAAGGGGUUAAUGCUGAAGAUGAAAACCUGUACCAAAUGGCUCUGGAGAUCAGUGGCCCAAAGAUACCCUCCCCUGGACCACCAGAUAGCAGGAAUUGCAGAAGAGAAGACUCUUCCACCAACUGAGGUGAAGUAAGGUGAAGAGAGAGAUGAAGGUUGUGCUAGGGAGCAGAGAGGGAAAGCAGAAGGAAAAUAUAAAGAAGCAAGAUCUGUAAGAUAGGCUUGACGAAAGUGUGAAGGUGUGCAUCCACCACAGGAGCCAUCAGUGGUAUUCUGCACAUGCUGGAAUCUGAAGCACCUGGAGCAUGGGGAUGCCAUAGAGGAGAGAGUUCAAAUAGUCAAGAUGAGAUGAAAUGAAGGUAUGGGGAGGAUUUCAGCAGACAUGAAGUCUAGAUUGUGUUGUCCUUGGGUAAUGUUGCAGAGUUGAUGCUAGACAUAUUGGUAUUUUCAAGCAAAGGGCUGUCUUAUUGCACCAAAUUUUAGUCGGUGACCUGUUGAAAGAUGGGAUGGCCAAGUGGGUAAGGUGCUCAACUACAAUCCUGAAGGUUGUGGGUUUGAGUAUAAUUCAAUCUCAGACUUAAAGACCACCUCCAGUUCACCCAGCUGCAAAAUGGACUAAGACAGUCAAAGUGGUUGGACAUGAUGCUGGCCACAUCACUGCCUAGUGUACUGUUCGCUGUGAAACCGAUAUGCCUGGACCAUAUCAUGUCAAUGAGCCACUGCUCAGGGAAACUUUUUGACUUUGAUCAGUUGGGGUGGAUUUGACGUUGUGACUUAGGAGGCCAUUUCAAAGGUUCUAAUACAGUAACUCCUCACUUAGUCAUCUCGGUUAACGUUGUCACGUUGCUGAUCAAUUAGGGAACGUGCUUGUUUAAAGUUGUGCAAUGCUCCCUUAUAACGUUGUUUGGCAGCUGCCUGCUUUGUCCACUGCUUACAGGAUUCUCUGGAAGAGCAACCCCUCCUCGUGGGGAUUAGAACCGGGGGGGCUGGCAGCCCCUCCCCCAUCAGCUCCCUUAAAUUCCCUGUAGGGUAUGUGGCUCGGCAGUUGCCUACCAGUAGUUCAGCUGUCCCUCCCCCGACUGCCGUGCUGCUCCUGUCCUGCCCUCUCCCUUGAAGCUGCUCCUGGGGCUUGCUGGGGGACGGGGGGGAGAGGAGUGCUGAUGUCAGAAUGUCCCCCUGUUCCUGCCCCCACCCCCGCUCUGUACCCCCUCUCCACAAAGCUGAGGAGGGGACAGGGCUUGGGGGGAGCUUCAGGAAGCUAAGCUUCUGAUCUGCUUAAAAGGGCAACAUACUUGAAGUGCGGUCAGCAUACUUAAAGGGGCAAUGCACAUGUGUCUCACUCAUGCAUGCACCCCCCAGCAUUUUGGAAAGUCAGCACCUGUGCAGCCCUGCAUGUGCUGUCAGGAGGAGGGAGUGGUGCGCUCCAGCUGCUGAGCGUGGGUUCAUCAAGUUCAGUUUUUGCAGGGAAGUGUUUGCAGCUACUGCCCUGCAUCUAUUCUGUUUCCUCCCUCCUGCCUCAGUCCACAUUGUCUUGUAGAGUGCGAAGCUACGUUAACAGUGGAGUAUUAACACUUGAGGGCUCAGCCAAAAGGCAUUCCCUGGGAAAUAUUCCACCCUCUUACUCCACCAGCUCAACCAAGCUUUACAAUCAUUCAUUUCUGGGUACCAUAUUAAACUGUUGGUUUAAAAUUGUUUAAAACUUAUAUUGUAUAUGUAUACAGUGUGUCUUGUCUGGCAAAAAACAUUUCCCUGGAACCUAACCCCGCCCCCCUAUUUACAUUAAUUCUUAUGGGGAAAUUGGAUUCGCUUAACAUCGUUUUGCAUAAAGUUGCAUUUUUCAGGAACAUAACUACAACGUUAAGUGAGGAGUUACUGUAUGCACCUUUUAAUAAGCUCCCAUUUUAGCAGUUGGAAGACUUGGAUUUGUUUAAUAUUUAAACAGUAAAGAUUACUUGAGGCUAAGCCGGUUGGAAAUUGGAUUGUACCUGUGACCUUACACUCCCCCAUAAUGCUGAGCUCCCAAAUAUUAUCUAGCUAUCUCGGUCAUAGAUAUUUGUAUGGUGUCCGUUACUAUAGUAUCUGAGCAUCUCAUAUUCUUUAUUGUAUUUAUCCUCUCAAUACACCUGCGAGGUAGGAAGUACUAUUUAUCCCCAUUUUACAGAUGGAGAGCUGAAGCACAGAGAGGCAAAGUGACAUGCCCAGGGUCAUGUAGGAAUCUCUGCUAGAGCAGGGAAAUAAGCUCAGAUGUCCCACUUCCCAGGCUAGCUCCCUAACCAGUAGACCAUCCUUUCUCUUGUUAUAUAUUAUCAUUCCUUAGUGAGAUGAUCACCACCACCACCAGCAGGGUGGGCUCAGAAAUGCCCAUGUGAACUACUGAAUACCGAAAAGUGAAAUGCAUUCCACAGUACCAACAUGCUGAGAAAUGAUUACCCUGGCAUGAAUUUUCCCACUGACACACUGAGUGCAACUUCCCUUAACGGGCCUCUAAUCAGUGUUUUCUAUGAGUUGAUGUAAUAGAUUUAUUUUAAUUUUGCAAAAAUAAAGGGAAAGCACUUUCAUGCAGGCGUAGGGGGUAAGAUUUGGAUCCAAAUGGCGAAAGAAAAUCAAGUAAGUAGAAAUAGAUCUUGAAAUGCUGCCUAGGCAAUGUAUUUAGUUCUUUGCUUGCUUGCUUUUUUUUUCUCUACAUAGUAUUGUUGAUGUUAUUAAGCACUGUAAUAGUGAGAACCAUACAGGGCCAGCAUAGUUAGCCUCUUGCUGAGCUAUUUAAUGGCUAAAAUGUUUUUCUGUUUAUAUACACUCCACUUGUUUUGAAACUCCCAUGUAAGAGACAGUAUUGACUGGUGAUUAAAACAGGAAAUCUGAAAUGUUAGGGCCUGUUCCAAAAUGCACUGAAGUCAGUGGAAAGACUUCAGUGGGUUUUGGCCCACUGGUCUUCUUCCUUACUUUGUGACUGAUCUUCUGAGUAACCAUGGACAAAUUAUGUCCCUGCCUCAAUCUACUCAUCUGUAAAAUGGGAAGAAUAAUAUUCACCAACCUAAUGGGGAUUUCCGAGAUUUAAUUUCUUAAUGGUUUCUAAAGUACUCUUAGAUCCACAAGCAAGACGGUGUAAAAGUUAUCAUCCACCAUGAUCAAUAAUAAUGUUAUUCCCUGAAAAAUAUUGACAUUAUUCCAUCUCACCCUGAAACAAGAAGAACAGAAGCUACAAUAAUCAAAAAAUAUUUGCAUUGAUUCUGGAAGUAACUGCAGAACUGACAAGGAAAGCUCAGCACCUCCUUGGUAAUAUUUUCUAUUUAAUAAUUGACCUCAAGAAAGUUCAAGUGCACAAAUGCAGGUAACACGUUGCUUUUUUUGUGUGUAACCCAGAGAAUUAUUAUUCUUAAACUUCAGAUGUGGAAAGGUAUUAAUGAAAAGGUUUUUAAACAUACAUAUUGUAGCCUGUCAUAUCCUAUUUAGGCUCCAGUCCAGCAAUCAGAUCACCAUAGGCAGACCUCUGGGUUCCAUACAGGUGUGGGGCUCUUUUCACAGGGAUCCAAUUGCAGGAUUGAGGUCGUAGCUCUUUGAGACAGGGAAUACCUCACAUGCCUCUACAUGUGUAAAGUGCUGUGUAAAUCUGACGCUUUAUAAAUCUUUAAAAAUGAAUCUUUGUAGCUUGCUUCUUUUUUUUUUUUAAGAUAAUUCCUUGUAUUACCCGCUUCU